AUUUGAAAAAAAUGAGCAUAGCAGAAAUAUCUAUAAGAAAUGUUUAGGAUGAAGGUUAAACGAAAAAUAUAAAAUAUAAUUUACGUCUAUUCAGAUAUUUGGUAAAAAUUUCGAAAUUCUAGUAUUCAAUUAUCAAAAUUAUAAGAAAUACAAACCAAAGAUGUAUUCUUUUUGCUUUAAGGUAUUUUUGCAUAUACAGUUUCUCAUUUUUUAUUUUGAAUAACAAAUUUUCUUACAUACUCACAUUUUUCGUAACUUUUAUUAAGUAAUUAUUCAUUGAUUUAAUUUUUUUUAAUAAUUAAUUUUUUGUUUUAUCAUUUAUUUAAUUUGUAUUAUUCUUUUCUUCCUUUUUAAAUAAUUUCAUAAAAUUAAUAUUAUUAAUCGUUAUUAGAAAAUAUAAACACUUCUAAUUCCUAAAAAAAAAAAAGAUAAUAAAAUAAAAGGAGAAAAAAAUUAUUUGAAUAAAAUUAAAUUAAAAUGCAUUAAAAAUUAAAAAUAAAAUCCUUAUAAAAAUAUGAAAAAAAAUAAUGCCCGAUAUUAACGAGAUCAUAAAUUUUUUUCGUAACGAUGAUUCACAAGAGCAAAAACAACGCGACAGAGAAUUACGUGAGCGUCAUAAAAAAUCGAGAGAUAAGUAUGAAAAUAUGAAAUAUAAGCAAUUAUGGAAAAUGAGAUUAGCAAAACAUAUAAUUAAUGAUUUGAAAAAUUACGGACCGGCUAAUUUAAUUCAUGUAAACGCAUUAAGUUCUCUUACAAAGAGACCCAUCCGAAUAUGGAAAUCAAUGAAUAAUUUGUAUCGAAUAGUAAAUGAUCAAACGAAUAAAAGUUCAAAUGAGAAUUUUAUCGAUAUCGAAUACCAUGAACAAUCGUUAAAUUCUAUAGGACAUUGGACGUUAUUAAACAAUAAAGAUCCUAUUAAUGUCGAACUUGAUCUAAACGCGUGUCUAUUCGCAGUGAUCGCAGCUCAAAUUGGAAAAAGCACUAAUGAUCUAAGAAAUAACGUAAUUGAUUUUUUAACGAAUAAUAUCAGACAGUUGAUCGAUCAAAUCGAUGAAUUUAUAUCCUUAAAUAAUAACGACGAAAAAUUAUUAAUGAUUGGUGGUGCUCGGUAUAUUGGCACAUCACCUAAAGCAGCAGGUAUCAUACUUGAUAAAUCGCAAAAUGUAUUUAGUCAUACAUGCAAGGCUUAUGGACAUCCCAGAGGUCAUGCAUCCAAUACAGCUGUUACGGGACCGUGCGAUAGCGUAGAAAAUUAUUCGCGAACAACAAAUUCAAUGAAAUCUGGUUUUUUAAGCAAAUCUGAUCAAAAUAAUGUUGCCCAUCUCGCUUUAAGUCACGAAGUGACGCAACAAGCGAUGCGAGAAUUGAAUAAUGGAGCAACAUCCAUGACAGUAACACUUUCACGACGAGAUCUGCAGAAAAAUCAUCGUGCAUUACCAAAAAUGAGGGAAUAUUAUAACGGUGAACCAUAUUCCGAAGAAUUAGAUAUUAUCCAAGUUACGUUAGUAUUGCGACAUCAUCAAGAUAAAUAUAAUGAUCCAAAUGCAGAUGUUUUUGUACAUACAUGUUUUCCAAGAAGUUCUUAA